AUGCCCGAAAUUGCUAGCAUGCUGUCCACAGGAAAUGCGAUGGAGAUCAUGGUUGACAUCAUUGAUGUUCAGACGACACCACUUGGCCUUGACCCGCGAGGAAUGCUGCAGUCUGGACAUCUCAAGCUCAAAGGGAAACUGAAGACGGCGGACCCACGUAUCGACCCUGAAACUCCAGGUUAUCAGUUUACGACGUACAGGAAAGAACUGGUAAUUGACUUUCUCAAUCAAAACGGUGAAAUGGUCGGCCUGGCUAUAUUGACAAAGACUAUAGCGGCAAUGGAAAGCCUUUGUACUAUCUAA